AUGGAUUCUGGCGCCCUCAUCGAAGUCCUUCGGUCGUGUCGAGCCGUCUACCACCAGGACCAUCAACAUCUAUCCGCCGCCGAGCGUGAAAAGGGCUGGUGUCAAUACUGGGAUUCCAUCAGUAACGCCCUCAAGGACUCACCGUCGUCGACCACCCAACAUGGUGUAUCGGUGGCCCAGAAACGAUCUGCGUCCCGCGCGAUGGUUGGUGGUAUGGAACCUGCAUCCAAACGGACUGACCCUGCUUCUUCCAUGGCCUCAUCGGCCCCUUCAGCACCCAUCCUUGAGCGCCGCAUCUCAGCACCUGUUGGUCCUACCGCCUCGAGGCAUCAACCAGGACAACUGUCCAUGCGUCCCUCCGCUUCCGUCCCAGCGCCGACGUCGGCAACCAUCGGACCCAUGCCCAUUCCUCGUCGUCACAACAAUGGGCAACGGCGAACUUCCACGGCUGCAUCCUACCCACAUCGGUAUAACGGGCCCAACCUGAACUUCAUCGAAGAAGUUCAAGACAUGUCGCCUUCCGACUUCCUCGCCAAAUCCUCCGACGACUACCACCCACAGACCAUGGCGUUGACACCACCACCCACCAUUGGUAAGCGGGGUGAGUUGCUGACCAACCAAAACAUCUCUCAGCUCAUAUCACCGUAUGCCGCUGUGGCAUUAGAGUCGCCGGAGGUGUACACUCCGAUGACUGCCACCAGCGAUUCGAGUCUCAUGGCCGGUACGACUGUCGCGUCGGAGCCGAUGACUCGAACCAACACAAAUGAUGUGCUCUGCGAAGGCUUUGGCAUGUUUCGCAUGGACUCGGUCUCCGUGUCGAAAGGACCCAAAGCCUCUUACAUGCUUGCUUCGUCUUUUCCUAUCGUUCCCGACCCGGAUUCCACGCACUCGUUUUCCUUUUCUUCCGUUGGAACCGACUCUGGUUACAACCCUGUUACGCAGUUGUGCUUUCCCGAUGAUGAGCUUCACUCAUCAUCGUCUCCUUCUAGUACUGAGAUGAAGGAUUCGCUUUCCACUGGAAGCAAUACUUCAUCUGUUUCUGUUUCUCUUGCGUCUCGUUUGUCCACUCGCGAGCCUCUACAGCAGGAGGUCGCUCGCCAGACUAACACAGUCUCACUGUCACGACCUCUCGCCCCGAAGAUGGAGCGUUCCAGAAACGCUUCGUCGUCAGGCUUGGAGUUUCCCGAGCCCAAGCUCGUGGCCGUCCAGGCCGAAGACGGCACAGUAAAGCACAAAGCCGAAAUCACUCGCACUGUCCGACAGCAGCCUCCGCGUAAGACGACCUUUUGUCAGUUCUGCAAUGACCAACCUCAGGGCUUUCACGGCGAUCAUGAGCUACGUCGACACAUUGAACGUCACCACAGCCAAGUCCGCCGAGUCUGGGUCUGCAAAGACGCCUCGAAGGAAGGCAACUUCCUGUCCAACUGCAAGGCCUGCCGCAACCACAAGACCUACGGCGCCAACUACAACGCUGCCGCCCACCUCCGUCGUGCCCACUUCAACCCGUGCAAGAACCGCCGUGGGGGUCGUGGCAAGAAGAGUGAACAUCGCGGUGGAAUGGGAGGAGGAAACUCUCCCUCCAUGGAAGUGCUCAAGAGUUGGAUGUACGAGGAACUCGAGUUGAACGUGAACGGCCGCGUGGUGGUUCAAAAUCUGCAUCCUGAGACUACGACCACAUUCUCCACCGCGGCGGUCGAGGAGUUUGUCAACGCCAACUCCAAUUCCAACGACAUGGACACCUCCGACUUUGAGAUGGGCUGCAACAUGUCACAAGAGGACAUGUCCAUGGCGGGCCUGACUUCCGAUCCACUCUAUUUCGCCAACGUUAUGCCCACCCAGGCUUACCUCAGCCACUCGGCGCCAUUGAAUGCUGGCUACGACUAUUCUCGCUUCGGCGUGCCUGAUGGCACCGCCCUUUCCUAUCAAAUUUCGACAUGA